UAACAUCUGGUAAAUAAAGAUUGACAGGAGACAAAACGUCUUACUGAUACCUAAAGACACCAGACAUUAAAGUUUAAGUUGAUGAGUGAAAACUGAAAAAUGAAUUAUGAAAAUAUUAAUCCCGCGGCAGCUACCAAGUAGUGCGUACAAAAUUAAGAAAAGACUUCAUAAUAUACUUGAGUAAAAUAAAUUUAACAAAUAACUUAUAUCUUCUGUUCGAUCUAGCAGAACUACAAUUUAAAUAAAAUCUGGAAGAACGGUACAGACAUGGCACAUUCCGGAUCAUCGGGGAAUAUCAAAAGCGGAAUUAUAGAUUUUACAGCCGGAUCUCUAGGGGGAGUAGCGGUGGUGUAUGUGGGGCAACCUUUAGAUACUGUGAAAGUGAAAAUGCAAACGUUUCCACACUUGUAUAAAGGCAUGUACCACUGCCUGAAACAGACUCUACGGAACGACGGUGUCGUCAGGGGCUUGUACGCGGGAACCACUCCGGCUAUCAUGGCCAAUGUGGCCGAGAACUCAGUUCUCUUCGCCGCUUAUGGAUAUUGUCAGAAAUUUAUGUGUCACAUCACGGGUGCAGAGAGUGUGGACCAGUUGUCGACUCUAGGCAAUGCGUCAGCGGGGUUCCUGGCCUCGUUUUUCUCAUCCUUCACCCUGUGUCCGACGGAGCUCAUCAAGUGCCAGCUCCAGGCCAUGAGAGAAGUCAAUGUCAGCGGUUCACAAUCAGCAGUGAGGCUGACUCCGCUGCAGCUGACACAGCAGAUCUUCAAACAGUACGGAAUCCAGGGACUGUUCAGGGGUCUCGUGCCCACCAUCAUGAGGGAAAUGCCGGGAUACUUUUUCUUUUUCGGAGGAUAUGAAGGUACGAGAGAGCUCCUCGCUAAGCCGGGCCAGUCCAAGGACGACAUCGGUCCGUGGCGCACGAUGGUGGCGGGCGCCGUGGGCGGGCUGGUGUUGUGGACCGUGAUAUUCCCGUCUGACGUCAUCAAGUCCCGGGUUCAGAUAUCCAACAAGAGCCAGAAGUUCCUCACCGUGGGCAUGGAGAUUGUUAGAAAAGAAGGAGCGCUGGCCCUCUACAACGGUCUGAAGCCGACGCUGGUCCGUACGAUCCCGGCGACGGCGGCGCUGUUCGUGGUCUAUGAAUACUCGAAGAAACUCAUGCAUCAGUCAUUUGGAGAUUAACAGACACUAGCAAGAUGUUGACUAAGAACAAAUAUAUCUUUAAUCCAA